AUGGUGUCGUUCGAGCCUUUAUAUGGUAGAAGGUGUCGUUCUCCUAUUGGGUGGUUUGAUGCUUUUGACGUUUGCCCUUGGGGUACAUAUUUUCUUAGAAAGUCUUUGGACAAGGUGAAGCUUAUUCAGGAAAAGCUUCUAGCAGCUCAAAGCCGGGAAAAGAUGUAUGCGGUCCGGAAGGUUCAGGAUUUAGAUUUUAUGGAGGGUGAGCAGGUUCUUUUGAAGAUUUCACCCAUGAAGGCUGUUAUGAGGUUUAGAAAGAGGGGCAAGUUGAGCCAGAGGGACAUUGGUCCAUUUGAGAUUCUCCCUCGUGUGGGUGAUGUUGCUUAUGAGUUAGCCUUGCCACCAGGCCUGUCAGGUGUUCAUCUUAUUUUCUAUGUUUCUAUGCUAAAGAGGUAUCAUUCAGACGGGACUUAUAUUGUUUGUUGGGAUUCAGUGUUUCUUGAAGAGAAUAUGUCCUACGAGAAAGAGCCUAUUAUGAUCUUGGAUAGGCAAGUCAGAAAAUUGAGGUCUAAGGAGAUAGCUUCUGUUAAGCUUCAAUGGAUGCAUCGUCCUGUUGAGGAGGUCACAUGGGAGAUCGAGUCAGAUAUGUGUGCCAGAUAUCUCCAGUUGUUUGCUGACUCAGGUACUUCCCCCGUUUCCUUCCUUGCCAUUCGAGAACAAGUGAUUGUUUAA